UGGGGGAGAAGCGGGGCAGCCAGGCGCACAAGCCGGGGCGAAGACACAGCGUGAACGGCGAAUGGCAAACCAAUUCCGCCCAGUUUUACCGGAGAAAAAUGCCAAAGGAGACGGAGACGAUGUGCGCACACGGGUAGUUCCCGCCCGCAACACCGUCCGCUGAACUGCGCGUUAAAACCUCCGAGACGCAUCAUGGCAAACGUGAAAGUUGCCAUUCGAGUCCGUCCUCUCAGCGCCAGGGAGAGUGCGGAGGGAGGAAGGCUCGCUGUGCAGGUGGAGGAUAAGUUUGUGAGGAUCCGAAAUGUGAAGCUGGAUGGACGUACGGAUGGAGCUGUGGACCCGAGGGAGAAGCUUCUAGAGUUUGGUUUUGACUACUGCUACUGGUCGGUCGACCCUGCGGACCCUCACUAUGCCUCGCAGGAGGAGGUGUUCCAGGACCUGGGUGUGUCGGUGCUGGCCGGAGCUUCAGAGGGCUACAACGUGUGCCUGUUUGCCUACGGCCAGACUGGAUCUGGGAAGACGUACACCAUGAUGGGAACGCCGGACUCCAUAGGCUUAACCCCAAGGAUCUGCCAGGGUCUCUUUAGGUCUGAAGACACUUUUCCUGAAGGACAGAACUCGAGCAGAGUGGAGAUAAGCUUCCUGGAGAUCUAUAAUGAGCGCGUGCGAGACCUGCUGAGACGGGGAGAGCAGAAGAAGAGAGCCUCCCUAAGGGUCCGAGAGCACCCGGAGAAAGGCCCCUACGUACAAGACCUGUCGCAGCAUGUGGUGUCAGACUGCAAGCAGGCCAUGGACCUUUUGGAGGAAGGCAUUGCCAACCGCAUCACCGCGGCAACCCACAACCACGACGCCAGCAGCAGAUCCCACGCCAUCUUUACCAUCCAGUACACACAGGCGAUACUGGAGGACAACCUUCCUUCAGAAAUUGUCAGCAAGAUUAACCUGGUGGACCUCGCUGGAAGUGAGAGGGCCGACCCCAGCUACUGCAGGGACAGACUGACGGAGGGCUCCAACAUCAAUAAGUCCUUGGUCACCUUGGGCAUCGUCAUCUCUGCUCUCGCCCAGAACUCCCAGAUGUCCAGCAGCUGCCAGAGCAUCAACAGCAUGGCCUCCGAGGGUGACGGCAGCACGGUGGGCAGCCACAGCAGCUCCUUGUCUGGGGGAGGAGGAGGAGGAGGAGCAGGAGGAGGUGGGAGGAGGCACUGCUUCAUCCCCUACAGAGACUCGGUCCUCACCUGGCUGCUCAAAGACAGCCUGGGCGGCAACUCCAAGACCAUCAUGAUCGCAACCGUCUCACCCUCUGCCAGCAGUUACAGCGAGACCCUCAGCACCCUGCGCUACGCCGCCCAUGCCCGAAACAUUGUCAACAAACCCCGUGUUAAUGAGGACGCCAGUGUUCGGCUCAUCAGGGAGCUGAGGGAGGAGAUUGACAGGCUGAAGAGCAUGCUGCUCAGCUUUGAAAUGCAGCGUAAUCCCAGCCCAUCCCUGAGUGAUGAGAGGGAUGGAAAUCUCUCUGACAUUGUACUCCAGAACGAACUAAAGGUGGAGCAGCUGACAAAGGACUGGUCAGAGAGCUGGAGGGACAAAAAGGAGCUGCUGGAGCAGUACAGUGUGGACAUCAACAGAGACCGAGCCGGCUUCCUCAUCAACUCCCUCCAGCCACACCUCAUUACCCUGGAUAGAGAUGUUCUCAGCACCGGGGUCAUCUUCUAUCACCUCAGGGAAGGGGUUACCCGCAUUGGACCUCAGGACCAACUAGAAGAGCCGCAAAUUAUUCUGCAGGGCAGUGCCAGCUGUGAGAUCGAGAACCAGGGGGGCGUGGUGACUCUCAGGCCGGUGCCGGGAUGUGUCUGUCUGGUCAACGACAGGGAGGUCACUGAGCCGUGCAGACUGGCUCAAGGGAGCGUGAUCACCUUGGGAGGAGUGCACAAGUUCCGCUUCAACCACCCGGCAGAGGCAGCUGUCCUCAGGGAACGCAGACGGGCUAGUGAAGGGGGGCUAACCUGCAGCUACAGCGACCUUCGUCCACUGACCUCUGACCAAAGAGUUGGAGGAGUGGAGCUCCAGGGGCAGCCGGGUGCCUGUCUUUCCCCCAGCGAGGAGCCUCCUGCCAGGCAGCGCGUGGAGGAGCAGCAGCGCUAUGUGGAGUGUUUGCGACAGGAGAUACAGGCUGAACAGAGGCGGGCUGAGAGAGAGCUGGAGAGGGAGCAGGCCCACCUCCGACAGCAGCACACAGAGAUCCAGCAGUGGAUUUUGCAGGAGAAGCAGCGCCUGGUGACCCUAGAGCAGAGAGGGACCCAAGAGUUUGGAGUUCAGACAGACCUUUUCCCUGUCCCCCUCCUGGAAAGACUGACUAGUCAGGGCUCCGAGGGCCAGGAAAGUAGGCCAGUGGAGCAUCCAUCACAGGUUGUGAGGGCCAGGAAGAAGGCAGUGCAGGAGGAGUUACUGAAACAUCACGCCCUGUGUCGUGCUGAGAGUCGCAUCCGUCGGAAGAGGCUGCACUAUCAGCUGGAGAGGAUUGCUCGCAAACGUCACCUGUUGGAAGCUAAGCGGGAGUUGCAGCGUCUAGAAAAUGCCCUUCCUCCGGGGCUAGAGAGUCCAGAGUCUCCAGAGUUGGUAUCCCCAUCACAUCCCAGAGGACGACCAUUUGUUUCACGUAGACACUCAUUCUCAGCAGAUCUCCUGUCCCGGCUCUAUCCCCAGCACACCCCUAUUUUCAGCCAUUUCCUGAAGAGAAACAGAUCUACAGAGUUGUCUUUGAAUUCCUCCGGAAUGUCUGAUUCCAUCAGCUGCAGGAAGUGGGUUUCUGAUGAGUGUCUUCCACGGGAAAGGUCCAGGAGUUGCUCCAACACUCUCUCCUCAAGACAGAGUCAGGGCUUCAGGAGCAGAGUCAGCUCCUCGGAAAACCUCAAACAGACUGCCAAGGAGGAGCCCCAAGCUCAGCGUUGCCGGGAACGUCCAGAAAGAAAACCUCUACUCCCAAAACGAGGCCUGUCUUUUAUGAACACUCAGAAUCCAACAGUUAGCUUGAAGUCACCACAGAGAACUGCUUUACCACCAAUCAACAACGAAAACAUAAGGGGACCCACAACAGACAAACCCAGUUCUCAGCAUGUAUCAUGUAAAAAUGUGAAGACUCCAUCCAGUGGAAGUAGCAAAGGACUAGAAACCAUCAGGAAGGCUUUCUCUCGCUCUGUUGGGCCUAGAUUAAAGAAAGCUCUGACCAAAGUGUUCAGAAAACCACCAUCGGGAGUAAAUGGAGUACGAGGCCCCAAACGUCUGGGGAGGAUAGCAAGCAAUUUUCACUGGAGACAAAGCAAAGAUAGUAGCCUUAAAGAGACCAGGAUGAACAAAAAUAAAUGCACUAUUAAAACAACUGUUUCAUGUGAGCAGCUUAACCAAAAGACUUUUUUAGGGGACGUUAGACAGAGACGGUGGCACAGUACAGAAGCUCUAAUGAACAAGACCGGUCGAUGGGUGGAGAGACAGCAGGGAUUGGCCGGAUGGGAGGAGGAUGAGGGGGAAGUGGAAAGAGAGAGGGAUGAAGGUUCCUCAGACUGUGACAGCAUUUUCUCCCUUGACUCCCUAUCCUCUGCCUAUGCAACAGCCCUAGCAGAACAGCUGAGACAUGAGGAGGAAGCUCAGAGUGAGGCAGAGAGUGAAGACAGUCAGAUGUCUAAAGACUCCUUAGCUGUGGAGAGAAGCAAGAACGAUUCUACAGUUGAGCGACUUGUUAGGACAGUGGUGCCCACAUACUCAUUGGUGACACAGUCCUCCUGUCCAUCCAUACAGCACAAAACGAUAUCAGAGGGCAGUUCUGGUUCAGAAAGGGACAGCCAUCGGAAACCUCUGGAAAUCCCAGCAGAGGCAUAUUGGAGCCAGCAUGGCUCACCUAAAACAAGAGUGAGUGGGGAAAUUGGUGCAACAAAGGAGCUUCCGUCUCAUAACCUUCCAGUUACAGAUUUCAGAGGCAAAGACAAUCUACUCAAAUUUAAUGAGGAGUUUGGAGACAUGCAGAACACUUCGACUAGCAGCCCAAGGUCCCUCAGCAGCUGUAGUGUGAGGGAGCCAGAAGGCCUGCUGGCUCUCACAGACGCUUGGUCAUCCACUGAUGCAGCAGACAGUCCCAGGAUUCACAGGGAUUCUCUACCUUUCCGAAGGAGAAUGGUGUUCAGAGCCGUAGAGAGCAGCAGCAGUCCCAGCCCAAUCAGCAUGAACCUCUCAGACUCUCAGAGCGGAUGUAGAAGCUGUAGCUCAAUGUCUACCAGCACUGAAGGUGUAAAUGUAACAGUUGAGGAACAGAGCCUUGAGGUUUCUGGUUGUACAUCAGAUACAUUAGAUUUUCAAGACAGUCAGAUAGUACCAGCAGCACAGGAUGCCCUUCAAUCAGGGAGUCUGUCAUCAGAGCAGUCUGGGGGUACAUCAGAAAGUGUGGAGAAGAUAUUUAUAGAUGCUCCAAACUACAACAGCACCAAGUGUCCAGCGUCCUUGACCCCUUCAGAUGGAUUUGCCUGUGUAUCACAUACUGAAAUUCACCAUACCACACCAGCAGCACAAGGGCAUGUCAAAUUACAUGAGGUUUUCAGUGAUACAGCUAAUGUGCUGACUGUUGGUAUGAAUAUGUCCUCUGACACUGAAAUGUGUACCUCAGAUUAUCAAUCAAAUGCCUGUUUAUCAACAAAUGCUGGCAUACAAGGUGAAAUACUGGAGAUGUCUAACACUAAAAGUGCCUUUAAGCCGUCCACAGAAGAUGAUGCACUGUGCAAUCUAGAUGGUGAAACGGAAAAGUUGAAAGAUCUACAGCCAUAUGAGGUUGGGAAUACCAAAGAUGUGUUACUUAAAAGUGAGGAAACGUCACAUAAGGUUGAAACCAAAGGCAGUGAGCAGUACUUUGCACAAGAGCAGGAACAUGUUAAAUCUGCUUGUAAAAAUUCCAGGAAGAGGAACAAAGGCCUGCAGGAUUCUUUCAUGGGCAGUUUGAAAAUUCCAAAGCGGAGCAACGGCGGAGAGUUGGAAACAUUUUGCUCCACACCUAUGAGCAGCCAGGAAGCUGUUUGGCCUGAUGACAAUAAUAAUACCAGUGACGUGAAAGGGAGACAGUCUGUUGUGGAAGUCAACAGUCCAAGAUUUGAUUCUGCUUACACUGAUGGCAGUAUAGAACAAGGCAAAAUGACUAAACUGGCAUCACUAGUGUCUGAACCCAUGUGCAGCAAUCUUGAACAGACUUGCCAGAUUUUUGAAGAUUCUCAAAGCUGUCUUAAAAGUGGUUACAUUUCUUCUCAGAAUGGUACCUCUAUGGAAGAGAGUAAAGCAAGUGGAAAAGGUGACAAAACAAGACAGGAUGUGGUUUUAGAAAAGCAAGGUGAAGAGUCCCACAUCGAUAACCAGAGUGCACAUACCAAAAAUGGAAAAAAUGGGCAGCAUUGGGAUGCUAUAUGUAGUGCCAUUGACCUUAGAAUCUCAGAGGUGGUGAAAGAACACAUGAAAUCAUUGAUGGAUGGAGAUGGUGUCUGUGAGAAUCUAAGUCAAAGCCUGAAUACCUUGUCAUCAAACAACAAAGAAAAGAACCCACCCACUUGUCAUCUUGGCCAUAACUCUAAAUAUGGAGAGAAAGAAAGGCAGCUUAGAGAUGACAGGAGUGAUAAAGAGGUGAUGAAAGAAGGGGCAAUCCAUAUAAAAAAUCCUUCCAUGACACAUGGCAACAUUCAAAGUGAAAGGAUAGUGCACCCAAGUGAAAAUAUGGUGUCAGAUAUUCCCACUGAGAAGAGUGCUUGCCAUGAGAGCAAAACGCUUGCAUCUACAAAAGAAACACACAAGGUUAACUGUGCUCCAAGCUUUUCAGAAACAAAGUCAAACAAGCCAGUAAAUAAUCACUCUGUUUCCCCAAGCUCCUCUGAUAAAAGCCAAACAAUCCAAUUAAAUCUGACAUUGAACAGCCAUGUAGAAUCUGAGUACACUGACAGCCCCAAAUUGCAACCCAUUAGUUUGUAUUACGUAAAUGAUUCCACUUCACAAAGAAAAUGUAUUUUUUCUCAAGGAAACACCCCACAGAAAAAUGCCUCAUUUGUGGAAAUUAAUGAUGUAGCUAAAGAGAGAGAUCCAUGCCAUCUUAUUCCUACCAGCUAUGAUCUUCAGUCUCAACAGCAGGUCAGCCAGAGCUGCUUGGUUGCCCCCGCACUGAAUCCUGAUAACUUGCAGCCUCACCAAAUUCCCCCUGACACAUCAUCCUCCAUGUGUGCCACACAAAUGAAAAGUCACUAUCAGCUAACAGCUACCAGUACUCCCAUAAAUGAUGUCAGUAUGAAAUCAGCAUCCAAUAUUCAAGAUAAAGACAAUUGUCUAUACAAACAGAAGUCACCCAAUUCUGGGUGUGACAGAGAUGACAAAACGGAGACCAGAACAGCUCCAACCCAGUUGGAUAACUUUACUCAAACUUGUUUGGUCAAUAUGAAUUAUAACAACAAAUACCAUGUUGGAAAAGGGCUAAAUUCUCAGUGCAAGGUCAACAACUUGACACAAAACAAUACCGUAGGUUGUCCUGGGGUCAAAAUUGACAAUAUGACGUUAACCUCCAAAACCCUGGCACAGGCUCCGACAAUCUUUGUAGAAUCAAAAAACGAGACAAGUAUUUCUGCUUCUCUAUGCAAAAUACCACAGCGAAAUUGUGACACAGACCUAAGUGGUUAUGGAUAUCCGACAUCCAAAGAUGGGGAGAUAAACUCAACUGGCAGUAAACAGGGUGUUUCUGCUCCUAAGCCAAAAAAGGGCAAGUCGAAGAGAUUCAGAAAGUCAGUGAUGCAGGUUCAUCUUACCACCUCUUCUGAUUCCUCGCUCAAAUCUUCAUCAGAUGAGGACGAUGACAUAACCUCCAGGGUGCAUCGCAGCAGGCCCUCAGCUCGAGUAAAACCUGAAACUCAGAGUAAUUUCAAACAGGAAGGCUCACAGACUAGAGGUAACAACACAGAAAUUUCCACAUUCAAGUCAACAGGAAAAUCUAAAAUAGAGACUUGCUGUAGUGGAACCCCUGGUGAGGAUCAGGUUGUUUGUAAAGAGCACAGGCUGACAGGACAUCUUUCACCCCUUCAAGCAGUGUCAAAAAACACAAAUACAGAAAAAAUCAUCCCCUGUAGUAAAGAAAGUGACCCACAACAUCCACUGCAGCCUCAGGACUCUCUCAUGCGCUUUGCAUCGAGUGACAUUAACCCCUUUGUCCACCAGUGGCAAGAUGAUGACUCAAAUCAACGGUGUUACAAGAACCCAGCAUUUGGAAGUGCUGCUGACCUAUCCUGCAAAUCUCCACUUUUGAACUGUGCUGAGAAGCAGAUGACAAGAUGCUGUAGUGUUGACGAUGGUUUGAAUGGGCAGAACUCUCCUUUCUACUCCCAUCUCAGCACUUAUGCCAACAACAACAAGGGGCUCUCAAGUACUCUCAGUAGUAUUGAGGAUUAUAAAGAAAAGACCAUAUGUCAACUUACCCCAUGUAAACAACCGUCCUUUGGUGACAAUCACCUUGUCAGUGUCACUGCUAACAGCAACUCUUCGAGUAAUGAUGUUCCCAGUGGUACUGGUAGCAACUCUGGUCAUGUUGAUGAGAUCAUGUUGGUUUACUCUUCUGAGCAAGAGUCUCAGGCAAACAAAACCCAAGCUCAAAGAAGGAGAACAUGUGAACAUGGCACUCAGACUUCUGAGUGUGGCCUUCAUACAAAUCUGGUUAAUACAUUUACCAUUAGUAGUGCUCUGAAAAGGAAGGAGCGCCACCAAAGGAGCAGCACUCAUUCACCCGCAACACGGACAACCACAGAGAACAUCAAAGAAUCAGCCACAUGGGCAAGCAUGGAGAACAUGUCGGCUCACCUCUCGCAGCUGAUUAACAGCACCUCAGAUCUGCUGGGGGAUGUACAGGGAAUGAGAACAGGGGAGGUUUUAAAACCCAGCCCGAAGAGAAAUGUCAGCAUCUCGAAUACCAGUGUCUCCUACAGUUACUCUAAAGAUUGGACCAAGAGAGACUGUUCAACCCAAACGGUGGUAGAUAUUGGGAUUCAGACAGAAAGGCCUUCAACACCAAUGGAAAAAAGAAAGGCUGUCCAACACACAGCACCCAGUGAAAGAUCCAAAUCCCAUGAAGUCAAUGUGAUAGUCAAAGUGAUUGGUUCUGAGGUUCUCAGUGUGUCUCAAGAGGAUGUUGUGCCUGUUAUGUUCAAAACUAAACCUAACACAGAUGAAAAGAUACAGAGCAUGCCUGACCUGAGAUUUAACACCUCUGCUGCAAGAGAAGUAUCUGGCUUGCAAUCAGAGAAUACCUCUCACAAAAUAUCCCCUAUGGAGACUGCAGUUGAAUGUCAGAAACGUAUAAAAUCUGCUUGUUCAAGGACCUCAAAGCAAAGCACGCCUGAGGCACAGUCCCCCAAAAGUGCAGUAUCUGAAAUCGCCCGCAGAUCUUCAAAAAACAGCCUCCAAGAAAGUCAUAGCCCCUCUGUAAAAAAUGACCCAUCUCCCUGUUCAAAGAAACAGGCUAGAUAUACAGACCGUGCAUCAUCACCCAUUCUCACUGUGGGAGCAAGGAUAAGUACGAAGCAGAGAGGAAAACAGUCCUCACUGUGCCCUCAAAAGCAUAAAGAUGAAAACAAAAAACACAUUUCCCAUACCAAAGAAAGCCUUACUGUGCCUUCUCUUGGUCUCAGUGAACAAUCAGCAAGCAUAUCUAUUUCAGACAACAAUCAAAUUUCCAGACGGCAGUGUGAUGUUUCCUCCAGUAAAUCACUAGAAUCCAUAUCUCUUGAUAAGGUGAGUGAAAUGAGUUGCUCAGGUCCUAAGGGAUCUGAUCAGUGUUUCACAAGCCUUAGUUCAUCACUGGAUAGCGAUGCAGACACUGACAGGAGAAAUGCUACCCAUACAAAAAAGGGUAAUCCCCCAAAUGGCACAAAAUGGCAGACAGCCCCUUUGCAUACUGCUCAGUGGAGAGGCCCUACUGCUAGUAAUGUCUUAAAUAUGCAGAACCAUGCCUCUCCCACACUGGGACAGGCUGACUCAGACAAACAUGAGUCAAAAUCUAGACGUGGCAAUGCUCUAAACUACACAGCAGCACUGGUGGGAUACCAACCAACACGAGAGUUUGAUUCUGCAGACAUUUGUAAUGAUGCCUACAACUCCUCCCCUGUCAGUGACAGGACUGUCCUACUUCAAGAGGAUGACAUGGUGUCAUCGGCGCCCAGUGAAUGCAAUACAGACAUCCUUGUGAACAUCAAACCCAUAACCAGCAUGUCCCCAAGUCAAGACCACCAGAGGAUCCCAGAGGACUUGCCCCUGCACAAUAAGUUCACCAACUGGUCAGGUAUCAGCCAUCAACAAUCUCACCGAUGCUCUAAUUUCCCCAACAAACUUGACGAAUAUCUUGCCAAUGUCCAUGACACCAGCAGAAACUUUGUCGAAUGGGGUGAAGUGGAGAGUAAUGGCUUGAAUGUGGAGUCUGUGGUGCAGAGAGAGAGAAAGGCGAGGGAGAUAGAGAAGCUGCGACAAGAGCGGGAGCAAGUGAUGGCUACAGUCAGUCUCAGCAUGAACCCUCCACCGCUGACUGUGGAGCUGACGGAGGCCAAGCUCCAUUAUGGCCUGGGAGAGACAGAUACGCUGUUAAAGAUGCUGUCCCCUUGGUCCAAACAGGAGGGGGAGCCACUGACUUCUCUUCCCAGCAAACAGCAGCUAUAUGAUAGACACCGAAGGAGCAUUGAGGGUUUGAGGCAGGAGAGGGAGGAGCGUCUUCAGACCUGUCGGAGAACUCGCAGUUUGAGUCCCGGGAAGCAUCCUCACUCUCCUCCUCAGGAAGUCGUGUCCUCCUCCAGAGUUUUUGCCAUGCCCAGCCGCCGUAAGGAGUUCCUGCAGCAGCUCCGCCAAGAAGUGAUAGACAGCUCUCGAAUACAAGACCCUCCCAGAGGAGAGGCCCAUUACCCAUCUGAAAUCGAGCACCUACUACGGGACUACAGCCGAGCCCGUGAGGAGGCCAGGACGGAGAUUGCGAAGGCACGGGAGCGACUGCGAGAGAGGACGGAGCAGGAGAAAAAGAGGCUUCAGCAGCAGGCUCUGUCUCAGGGAGUUAAGGAUGACUUGAGAUAUCGGACGAGAAUCAGCAACAGCACCUUGUGCACAGGAUCCAGCCUGAGCCUUUCCUCUGGGCCGACAUCAGGCUACAACAGUGGCAACACAGUUCAGCUAAAAGAUGGCAACAAACCCGCUCUAAUCGGACAGACAUCGGGGUUCCAGGACGAAGUGCUGAAGGUCAGGACACGUCCUCCUAUAUCUGGUGCUCAGAGUGUGAAGACCCAGAGAGUCUGGCUGUCUGCCCAGGAUGUCAGCCUCGAGCCCCCUGUCACAGGGUUCGAGCCCCUGAUGACCUCAUCUCCAUCAUCCCCAACCUGUACACGUCAACGCACCGCCUCCUUUGGCUCCAUCUCUUCCAUAUCCACAGCCUAUCAGGAUAUCACAUCUACUCUCCUUGGUCGAGCUCUGGCUGAGGUGCGACUUGCUUCAUCCGGGGAUUUGAGCAACCUGGUGAUGGGCAAAGCCACAGCAGGCUGGAGGUACGUGGGCACAGAACGAGGUGUCCAGGCCUACUACAGGCCCUCUUCCAGCCCGUCUGUCCAUGGUUUCCUGGGCGCUGCGGAGCUGGACAGACCCUUGGCUACUUUGUGGAAUUUGCUCUGCCAGCCGUCCAAGAGCCACAUGUAUCACCACUCUAUCCGCUCUGUGUGGACACGACCACUAGAUGACAGCACUCAGCUGGUCUAUCUGCUAACAGACCCGUCCACCUGUCACCUCAGCCAGCCACGGGACUUCUGCUGCAUCAGCAUCGAAUCCAAACAAGGCGGCCUGUGUGUGCUAGCCAUGCAGUCUGUGUUUGAAGAAUCUCUGCCCCGUCCCAGUGUGGAUGCUGUGCGAGGGGAGAUGAUGCCCAGCGCUUGGGUCCUUCAGCCCCUCAGACGUCGUGGUCAGGAAGUCACCCGGGUCACCUACCUGCUGCAGGUGGAUAUAGGGACUCCGUCCUUUCCUCACCGGCUGUUGAACACUGUAGCUAGAAGACAGGCAGCUGUCAUCGCGGAGCUCGACGCUCUCCUCGCGGCUCUGUGAAUCCACAGGACGCACGGAGGCACAUCAGCAGUGAGCACUUAGGCUAAACCGCCCCCAGCCUGGGAUUAGUCUCUCUUUCAAUUUGCACCCAAGCUUUAUUUACUUGACUUUUUUUUGAAGAGCACUGAUGUAAUGUUGAUAUUCAGAUUCAAAGUUGAUACUUUUUUUUUUUUUUUUUUAAAUAUGAGGGUAUUUUUAUAUGUUGAAACUGUGUUUUUAUAUUUGUACAUUAAUGUAUAUGAAUGCUUUUAACAAUCAUAAUCCUAUUUUACCAAAGAUGUUGUGGUUUUGAUAUAUUAUAGAGGUAAGGGAAUGAUUUAGAAGCAUGACCCACUCAGCAUAGCUAAUAUUAUAUUACAUUUUUAUACCACUAUAUAAAUAGCUAUUCCAGCCUGCAAAGCUGUUAAUUUCCCACAUCUUAUCAAUUCCCUGACAAGAUGAAAAAACUUCAACUGUUAGAAAUUUUAACUGUUAAGAUAGGGUCUAUAGAUUACUUAAAACUGCAUGGUUUGGAUGGGAUGUACAUUUACUACACAGCGUGUUUUCCACACCUCUAGCAAACUGUUUGCAAAUAUUUGUAUGCUUCGCUAAGGUGUAGGAUGGGUGGAAUUUACCAGAGAGGACAAUUCAGUGACAGCUACAAAGUUUAAGACACUCCCCAGGCAAACUAUGUGAAGGUCAGGCGAGUAUACAUUUCUGCAAAUGACACCUGAACUUGACACCUGGAUUGUCCUGAUGUGGUAAACCCCACUCAGGCAAACUCUUUAAGAAUUAUUUGCAACUACUGUUGAGCCCUAAUCUGCUAUGUGUGCAUGUUUAUCUCCCCAGGCACUGCAUAUUUUACACCACUCAACCACCCUCCCUCUGCAGAAAAUAUCCUCCAAAGACAGUUCUGCAGGAGGCUGUGUAGGUAGGCUAUUCUUUAGGUAGCAGGGUGGUGUAGUGAUACAGCAAAUCCCAUGCAAACAAAUGCUGAGAAUUAUUUGCAAUUGUGAUUUAGCCUGUAUGUUUGUUUAUCCCUUGACACUGCAAGUUUUACGCCACUAAAUGACACUCUGGGCAGAACAUGUACUCUAAAAACACUUUGUGUAAGCGGGGAAGCUAUAUGUAUGUAUAUUUCGGGCAGCAGUGUGGUAUUGGGACAACGGAGACUGACCUUCAACUGGACCCGGGUUCAGUCUCCUGUGUUGACAAGAAUUCACCCUGCUGAAGUGUCCUUGAGCAAGACCCUGAAACCCUACCAGCUCCAUUGGUGCUGUUCUGUAGCCGACUCUGACCUCCCUGUGUUUGGAGGCAAGCGGAAGCAGAUUUUCUGAAUUAUAUGUCUAAAAAAAAUACAAAAUUAUUAUCAUCAUUAUUAAAGCUGCAUUACGAUAAAAAUCACUAUGGUACCCCCAAAUCUGUAUAAGCUGAGUUAUAAGGUUUUUUGUUCUUAUCUGCAGUAUUUAUUUUCGUUCCUACUGUCCUCCUGUUUAAAAUGCUGUUGAUUGUGUGUUAUAGCUCUGAUUGCUUUGAAUAUGCAGAGCACGCCACUGUGUUUACAGUUGCUUGCACAAAAUGGUAAAUGCAUUUGUGAAGGUUCAUUUUUUUUCCCCAGUGUUGUACAGUUUUUAAACUAUGCAGAGGCUGAUCAAAGGCGUAACUAUCCUUAGUCAAAGCUGGGUCGGCUGAAUCCAGAUAUGAAGCCAUAUAAUUUACAGUAGCAGAAGGAUCGGGACUUUUUUGGCAUUGCAGCUGCAGCACUCAGUUUGUGACUCAAGAAGUUCCCGGGGGAACCAAAGAGGAAGAACACAAAAAAAAAAAAAAAAAAAGAGACUGAAGUUAAGAUUUCCCUGUGAUGGAGAAUGAA